AUGAUUUCUUCCUUGCUCGAAAUUGCGACUAAGCUAGUCAAUGAGCAUGAUCUUCAUCUUGGAAAGGACCAGACCGCUGAGCAGCUAUGUGACAAGUUAUGUCUGGAGGUAGAACAUCAUGUUUAUUUGAUUUUCUUCAAGGAUGGUACCCUAUCAAAGGAAUACUCUAGGAGAAUUAUUUCAAUCACGCAUAAUCUUCGCGCCAACGGCUUGCUGAGCACGGAGCUGUUGAGGGGGGGUGUUCAGCCGGCGCAGUUAGCAGCAAUGACCUCGGAGCAGAUGGCCUCCAAAGAACUUAAAGAAUUCCAGCAGCAGGUGAGAUUACAGUCGGAGAAGCAUCACACUCUAAUCACAGAGACUGGGCCACGGAUUCGGAGAACGCAUAAAGGUGAAGAGGUCGUAGGUGAACUAAAGGAGGGGAUGUCUAAUGGACAGGACACAUUACUAUCCGGCCCAGUAUUACCUCUGCUAGAGCGCGACGACAAACCUGCGACUUCCUCGAAAUCGCCCACGGAAGACCCCAAGGACACCAGUGCUACGCCUGAUCAAGGGGAUGCUGGACAGAGCGCGCAACCAGCUCUUAUUGAUACAAAGAGUGCUGAGAAGAAUCAAUUUAACAUCGAGAAUGUCUGGAACCAUGUGGAAUCACCUGAUACCGAUAAGGUUACAAGACAAUUUGGGUUGGGCAUAGCUCCUCCUUCGACAUGCGUUACUGGUGAUAGCAAAAUCGAUAAAGAUAUCGACAUGCUCCUGAAGGAAGAUGACGGUACUGGGACACCACCAUACUCACCCGCCAUGUCAGAGUCAGAUCAUUAUUCGCCAGCUCAGAUGGAGGAGGAAUCCGUGUGGAGAGGGCGAGUGGAAAUGAAUGGCAUAGCUAGUCUUUCCUCUACGGCUCGUCUAAUCGGGGGCCUCGAGUACAUCGGGUCGUCAAAAUGGUACGAGCUUCUGUCGGAUGUUCUGCAAGUUGACGGUCGUAUAAAACACGAUCGGGCAACGGAAUACCUAUGCGGUCAAAAGUUUUCCAAAUCCAGUUCAUUGAUCAUGGCAUCAUUGACCCCAACGGACUCGAACGCGGACCGGGAGUUCAACAUGUUAUUUGACUACUUCAAGGAGCGAGAUCGCUACGCCGUUGUGGGAAAGCACGCGCUCAAGUGCAUUAAGGAUCUUUACAUUGUGCCUAUCGACACGAAUGAUAAUCUCCCAGACUGGUUUAACGUGCUCGACCCACCGCCUACGGUUCCGGAGAGUGGCAGGGACAACAGACUCCUAGUCAUAAUAUUUGUUGUUAUCCGCAGCCAAGUUGGCCUCUCGGCCGCCGCUCCCACGCCGACUGCGUCUGAAUCGCCGUACCCACAACAGCAACAGCAGCCGCAACACUCUCGUCUUGCGGAGCAGCCAUAUGCAUCCCCGAUCACGCACACCCCGAAAGCGCAGUAUCAUCAGCAAUUGUCAUACUCUCCGCAGACACCGCAACCCCAACAGCAGCAGCAACAGCAACCCCCGAUAUAUAACUACCCCACAGCCCCCGGCGCCUCCCCUCCCCAACAGCAACAGCAACAGCCAGGAUACAAUACAUACUCAUACUCUACCCACAACGGUAACUCUGCAUCCCCACCACCCGCAUCCGCACCUGCAUCCGAACCCGCACCAGCACCGGCGCAAGAAACCGAACUCUUGCAAAUGGCCCGCGACCUCCAAACCAUGAUUCCGGACCUCCCGCUCGACCAGCUCCUCGUGAUCAAUAACAUGCUCAGGGAGAAUCCGGAGAUGCAGACAAAUGAUCAGGAAAUUGUCAAGUUGGUUGAAGCUCAUCUUGGUGGUGGCGGGGUGUACUAGUUUAGUUUGGUGUUUCUCCCUUUUUUCUUUAUUUUUCCCGCUCCACCAGUCUUUAUCAGCGAUAUUUUCAUUUGUUUUCCUGCCUGCUUGUUCCCGGGAUUUGUAUUUCCUCUUGAAUCUCUUUCGUUUCCAACUGCUGGGCUUCGCUGGUCACUUUUCUAUUUGUGGGUCGGGGGCGUUUAAAACUGCUUUUGUCUUAUUUGCUGCACGCUAUGCUGGAUGGAUGGGUGGAGAUGGAGGGGGAGGAUGACAGUGGCUGGCAGUAGUAGUAGUGGCGGAUGGGAGAGAAUAUCACGAGAAGUGUUGUGGAGAAAGUACCGUGUCAAUCUGGGUCAGUUUGUCAGUCAAUCGGCCUUUGUAACACCUAUUACAUUUUACUUUUCUUUUUACUUUUUUUAUACUUUCCUUCUUCACCUGAACCCAACUCCAAUAAGUAAAUCUAUUUCUUUUAAGUUAUCGUAGCUAUUCUCCUUCUCUCUCCUUUUUUAUUGUCUCGGUUUAGUUUUUCAAUUCAUCCGUCUAUUUGUUACAUUCUCUCCUUAUCACUGACAGAAGAGAAUGCAUGAGUGAGUGGAGGAAAGAAUUCCUGAUACCAUUGCUUUUUGAAUAUUGAGCUACCUACCAUUCCAUGCUCGCUCUCUCUAGCUGUUAUUAUCGUUAACUCCCUUUUUUUUUUUCUUCCCUUCUCUCACCAGGGUUUAUUAACUAGUUUUGAUUGCUUGCUUACUUGGUUCGCUCGUUUACAUGCGUUAUCUGUUGGCCAUCGUGGCCGCUGGUAUCUUGUUCC